CUUCUUCCGCCCGGGAGCCGCCGGGGCCGAGGAGGGCGCAUGCGAAGAGGGGUGGGUGGUAUCCGUUGAGGAAAGGAGAGGGGCUUCAGCAAUGCAGACGAGCCUGGGGGCGGCGCUGCUCACCCUGGCGCUGUGGGCACUGUGUUCACCGGUGCUGAGCACGGAAGGUAAACGGAAACUCCAGAUUGGGGUCAAAAAGCGAGUGGACAACUGUCCCAUCAAGUCCCGCAAGGGCGACGUGCUCCAUAUGCAUUACGUGGGAAAACUGGAAGACGGGACGGAGUUUGAUAGCAGCUUGCCUCGCGAUCAGCCUUUCAUCUUCUCCUUGGGCACUGGACAAGUCAUCAAAGGCUGGGAUCAGGGCCUGCUUGGGAUGUGUGAGGGUGAGAAGAGGAAGCUAGUCAUUCCGUCUGAGCUGGGUUACGGAGAUCGGGGGGCACCGCCCAAGAUCCCAGGCGGCGCCACGUUAAUUUUCGAAGUCGAGCUGCUGAAGAUCGAACGUCGGCAAGAACUAUAGCUAUGCGUCUCUUCCAGGAGGAGGGGCUCAUGGGGAGGGGUGCGGGUGAGAGAGACGGGCAGACGGGCCGGGGAAGGACCUGGGGAAGGGUUUGUCAGUUGGAUCGUGGAUGGGCCAAAUAAAAAGCACAGACCA